CAACAAGAAGCUCUGCUUUGAAAAGAGAGGUGGGCUCCCAUGCCUGGAACAACAAGGAAGAAGAAAACACUACAGAGAAAAGUCCAGAGUUCAUGAGGGCCUUGGGAAACUUGGUCAGCAGUGACGCUUACAGUUGAUGUGAACCUUGGGCACUGUCUGUGAACUUUCCUCAUAACACUUCUGCAAGAGGCUCCAAUCAACUGAACGGCUUCAAGUGCACAGGCUGGUUUUGGCACUGUGACAAUUUUAACUGGAAAUACAGUUUCAUCGUAGCAAUGUUUGGUUAUCCUUCACUGCAAGGAUGGAAGGGCUUUGCUAACAUCUUGUUAAACAUGAUUCUGGCAGCUACAGGAGGAGCAAAGAGUCCAGAUUUUUCCCAUAACUAGGAUAGAGGAUUUCUUGGCCCAGUGUGGCUGCUGCCUGCCUUCAGCCGAGUCUGUUGACAGACAGCUGUAACCAGAAUGUGUGCGCUUCAGAAAAGCUCCCUGAAUUGUAAGUGACAUGCUGGCAAAGCUGAACAACUGAUCACCAGAUACUGGCAUAGUGUUAAACAUGGCUUCUGAGGCUGCUCAGAAUUUCCUUCAGCCACUGUCUUCUUGGAUGUCUCAAAUAUACGAAGCUAUCCAACAAGCAGGAGACUCUAUAUCUGCUUCACUGCUGAAUUUGAGUGGAGCGGGUCGUAAGUCAGAAGAAGAGAGGAACCAGGACUUGGAGAAUAAUGGAGGAGUUUAUGAGGAUUAUUCUGAGGAAUCAGAUGAUGAACAACACCUGGACCUCUGGGAUGAGGAAUACUUACAUCCUAGAGAAGAUGUUCACAUUGGGGGUCCUGAUCUUGCUUCACAAGACCUCCCUCAUGGCUCUGACAUGGGUCAGCAGAGGCAAAAACAGGUUAAAAAUAUCAGAGGCUUACCAGAGCAGUGUGUUGAAAGCACCAGGUCUUUGACAGCCAAUGGAUCCUACUGGACAAAUGAAGAUCUCCAGCCACUUGAUCGGCUUCCUCCCAUCGCUGAGGAAGAAGGUGAGCCCUCCAUGAGGAUGGGAGGUCAUCAGCACAACCUCAGCUUGGGUGGCUCCUUAAAAAGUAACAAUGGCAAGGCAAGUUUUGCAGCAAACACUUACAGGGAGGAUGAAGAACAGACAGCAACUUCAGGGAGCAGUGAUGAGGUGAUUAAGCAGUUUGAGAUCUCUGUGUCAUGCUCACAGAGUUUUCAAUCAGAAGUAUCUGAAAAAGCAACACCAGCAGGCGUGGAGCAUAGACCCAAAUUCAGCUGUUUGCUCUCCAGCCAUGAGGAGUACGGUACAGAGUUACCUGAAUGCAAAGAUCUGGAUGGACUAAGCCAACUGAGUUACCAAGACAACCUAUCCUGUCGUGAAGAUGACCAUGUAUCUGUUGAUUCAACAACAACAACUGAGAGUAGGGGCACUGGGCAGCGUAAAGGGCCUAGGAUGGAGUCUGUCGUUGCCGAUGGCAUCAGCCAGCAAGCCACAGAAGGAUGUUCAGAAAUGGAGACAGCAUUUACCAACCAGGGAUUUGAAGUAAAUGAUGCUACUGACAGCUCAUCGGCUUGGAGCCCUGAGGAACAUAAUGAAGUGAACAGUGUACCAGCUCAUCAUGGUGCUCAUGAGCCUAUCUGUAAAUGUGGUGAUCUAGAGGUCAUCUUCAGCUAUAAAGCCUCAAGUCAAAAGCUAGUAGUUACUGUCUUGGAGGCCAGGGAUAUCCCAGACAAAGACCGCAGUGGUGUGAACACCUGGCAAGUGCACACAGUCCUGAUGCCUAGCAAGAAACAGAGGGGUAAGACAAGUGUUCAGAGGGGACCCAUCCCCAUGUUCAAGGAUAAAAUUACCUUCAGUAAGCUGGAGCCGGAGGAGUUAAGCAGCCACGCCAUUCGUUUCCGCCUCUAUGCGGUGCACAAGAUGGUUGGAGAGAAGAUGAUGGGAGAGCAGGUGUUCUACCUGAGCAACAUCAGCCAGGAAGGGGAAGCGAAGGUGACAUUGGUCUUGGAGCCAAGGAGUAACUUGAGCAGUGCAGACUCUCAGCUUAGUCUGUCAGCAAUCUCUCACAGUGAUAGCGCUUCUUCAACACAGUCCCUGUCGCAUGGAGGGGUGCCAGAGCUGCUCGUGGGAUUGUCGUACAAUGCCACUACGGGGCGGCUGUCAGUGGAGAUGAUCAAAGGCAGUCAUUUCCGAAACCUCGCAAUUAAUAGGCCACCUGACACCUAUGGAAAGCUCUGCCUGCGCAACUCUGUGGGUCAGGAGAUGUCUCGCUGCAAGACCUCCAUCCGUCGAGGACAGCCCAACCCUGUCUACAAGGAAACUUUCAUCUUCCAGGUUGCCCUCUUCCAGCUCUCUGAUGUCACGCUAAUGAUCUCCAUAUACAACAGGCGCAGCAUGAAGCGCAAAGAGAUGAUCGGCUGGAUUUCCAUGGGUCAGAACAGCAGUGGAGAAGAAGAGCAAAGUCAUUGGCAGGAAAUGAAGGAAUCAAAAGGGACGCAGGUCUGCAGGUGGCACACACUACUGGAGUCCUAGUGGUUACCAGGGCAGCCUGAGGGUCCUGGGACUAUGGGCUGUCUUCCCUUGUUCUCAGUCAGCAGAAAACAGCUAUCCCAUGGCAAGCACCGUGCUCUGACAGGUCACGUAUGCUUUAACCUGACUUCGGUGUCAGCAGUCAUGGGUAUUAAAGGUGGAAAGGCCUGGGAAGCAAGUUUAGUUCCCAUCUUUCCAGGUUGUCCUGCAUUUUUCUACAUUCAAAUAAUUAACCCUAGGGAGAAGGAAUGGGAAUACCUACAAAAUCCUUUCCUUGGUUAGUGUCUUGCUCAUUUUGUCAUAGGCUUAAUCAUCACAGACUGAUUUUGAUGCUGCUUUCUUCUGGGGUAAACUGUCUCCUCCCUCCCUCCUCUUAUUUAUAUUAAUGAAGUUUGCAAAUAUUCUUGACACGCAGAUAGCUCCCAGAAAGGCUAACCUGCAUGCAGAUCACAUUCUCUCCCUUUUAUUAUUGUGUUUCUAAGUCCUAGAAAUAAGCAUUUGAUACCACUGUAGACUGGAUGAUAUAUUUUUCAGGCAGCAUGGGAAAGCACUCUUGAAUUCUCUGUCAACUUUUAAGUGCCUAGACAUUACUACCGUUCUCCUGUACUAACAAUUGAUAUUAGGACUAAACACUACCAGUAUUUUUAAUUAGGCAUCCUGUGCACUUGUUAGCCUGCGUUGCCAUAGGUUUGCACGAGAGAUAACUAGCAUCAGUUUUAUAUUACAAUUAUACAGUGCAUGUUUAGAUGCUUAAUUGAAGUUCAUGGCUUCUGUCAUCAUGAAUACCAAAAAAGACCAGAACAAGCUGCACAUCCACCUUUGUGCCUGAAUCACUCUUUUCUGCAUCAUUGUUUUGCCCAUGUGUUACUUUUUUUUUUUAGAAGUAAGGUUCAUUCAGAAAAGCAUUUCUGUGAGCAUUACACAGGAAAGCUUUAGAUCUGUGAUUUCUCUGUGAUCCAGUUAAGCACAACUCAGUUUGCUGAGGGCUCUUCUUCAAAUGUGCUAUCCUGUAGUAUCUUUUCGGGCUCUGAAAGGGGACCGUUUUUGGCACACUGAGCAGUAGAGGAUGCCAGACCAUGUCACCUCAUCUUCGGGGCGAGCUCUCCUGCAGGCAAGGAGUAGGAUCCGGGGGACCCCCCUAGAGGGGCUGCUGGCUCUGCUGAACUAACAUCAGAGAAAAAUAUUACGCUUCCUGCCUCUAACGGAAAACAAUGCAAGGAGCAGGCUUGCUGGAUGAGGUGAUGACACUUCUAUGUAGUUACUUUUCAGACUAUAUUGUCAUUUUCCAUUUUAAUCUUUUUUCCUGUCUCUGCGAGUUGGAGUCAUGGAGACGAUGGAUAGGGGACAUGUCUUUGUCUGCUACUUGACUACUGAAAGUUUAGCAGUUGUUAGCUGUUGCGAUGCUGUACGUGACACAGCAGAGGAUGUUAAUUGUCUAGUCUAGUGAUGGUACAUAGGCAGUAGGGUGCUGAGAUCUUCCAAUACUAUCAGGUGCCCAGUCUCCUGUUCCCCACGCUCUCUAAGAGAGGACUGGCAUUUGCCCAUUCCUGCAAGACACGGGAAAUAUUUUCCUGAAAAGGUUUGUCUGUACUGAAUCACUUCAUGUUUUGUUUUUGUCAUUUACUGAGACCUGGCACCAAAUUCUGCCUCCUGUUGCACCACAGCUGUCUCCUUCCCUUCAACGGUGCUGUGCAAAACUAACUAGUGCAUAUUUCGGCACUGGCUGUUUGACCAAAAUUGAACCUCAGUGCUGGUUUGCAUCACAUCCAGGCUAGCCAGACCCUGCGGGGCAGUGGUGUGAUACACACAGGUUAUCACUUGGUGUCAUACACACAGGCUUUGUCUGUCCUCAUGAGGCAGACAGAAUAAUCUGCAUGUAGAAGGACUUCUGGUAUAGGUGAUACAAAUUAUUCUACAGGCCAUGGUUUUAUAUAGUCUUAUCACUUACCUGUCUGAGCAUCAUUUUUCCGGUGAGACUGAUGGGUAUCCUAUGCAGGAGGGAUGUCCUCCACUGCCUAGAUAAGCUGGAAUAAUAUCUGCUUUGCACUAUUGGGGCUUUGUAUCACAAAGCAGGAUCUAACCCAAAUGCAGCUCAGCAAACAAAUACAGUUUUGACUGCACUGUUAAUGCUGCUGUAUUACCAAUGCAAGAGAAAAUGAGUAUUUGAGUGGUAACCAGCAGAAUAGAAAUGUUUUUUUAUCAUGUACUUUUCUUCUGGAAAAGAAGUAAAGGAAACAGCCCAAUUCAAAACGUGCAUUUGCUGAUUUCAGUUGUUUUCAAUUCUCUGCAUCUUUUUUCCUGAACUGCAUAAAAUGUAUAUACAAGUGUUUCUAAGUAAUUUUAUUAUCUGGGAUGUCUGUGUAUAAUAAGCUUACUGAGAUUCUCUUCAUAAUUUCUUGAACCUGCAAAGUGUUGCUUAUGCUUACUGAUUAGCUAAGGGAAAAGUGUAAGUUGAUAAUAUGUUUCAGCAGUGAGCUGAAGAUAACCUAGCUUUAUAAUAGUGUGAUAAAAAAAAAAUCCUUGGAAAAGAUAGUUUUAAAAAGCAAUGCAGUAAACUGGUUUUGGACUUCCAUGCUGUUCUCACAUCAAGAUCUUUUCUGAACAUACAGCAUUAAGGGAAUUGAAUUUUAAUAUAUAAUUUCAGUGUAGCGUAUUGAGAGUCAGAGGAAAGCAAGUGAAAAUAGAUUACUUGGAGUAAGUUAAUAUCUGAGCACAUGUUAAAACUUUGCACUCUGAUGGAAGCAGGUUGUUGCAUCCUUGCAACAACAUUUUGGCUUGAUGUUUUACCAGAAGAAUUUGGAGGGAAGGGAAAAGGGAUGAAGCGAGGGGAGCACUGGGGUUUUGGAGCUGCUGCUAAACCUGUUGGCACAUCUGUGCCUUGAGCAGUGCAUUUGUGGGGUUCGUUAAGUUCCUACUGAAGCAAUGGAUGAAUUUAGGAAUCUUGGGAUGAACACGGUGCUGGGGGUGCUCAUGCUUGCUACCUGUAUUUUGGGAUUUUUUUUUUUUGCUUUUGUGCUUUAUUUUUCUUUUCAGUAUUGACUGUCUGUUCAAUGAAGGCUUUGUAGCAGCUCUCCCAUAUUCCAGAGCUCCUGUAAUUCUUCCCAUUGACAGAUUGAAUUAGUCAUUGCUAAUAUUGAUACAAGCUGGGCUUGUGCUCAUGGUCUUUCUUAUGUAAAUACCACUGCCCUUUCAGUCACUGCUUUAACCCCUUGUUUCCUUGGGAAGUGGCUGACAAGCCUGAAUUUCCAGAAAGGUUUCCAUUCCUUGGGAAUCUUGACUUGCAGUUGGCUCUCAGUUGGCAGUGAUCAGUAGACUCCUGGGGCCCUUGGAUGCUCCACUGGCCUCCAUCCACGUGGAUGCCGAUGCUGAUGCCUGAUCUCUGCUCCACGUGGAUGCCGAUGCUGAUGCCUGAUCUCGGCUUCUGUGGGGCUCCAGGUGGGGAGAAGAGCUGUGGGAAGGCCACGGCGAGUUCAGCAAGCAGGAAAGGAACAGCUGACCCGGUUCUGAGAAUCCUCGGGCACUUGCAAGUCCAGAUUAUGGAGGUUUUCUAAUGCACUCAUGUUUUCUAAGAUAAUUCAUCCCUUUUUGACACCACUGUCUGGGAUCCCCUUAUAGCUUAUUUGAAUUUUCUUCUCUUAGAAAAAAAAAAAAAAGCCUGAAAACCCACAAAACCAUUGUGUGGGAAGGAACUAACUACACUGGCGUAAGCCCAGAAUAUUGUGGGCAACUGGAUACAUCUCUGUAUCUCGAACAGUGGCAUUCAGCUAGUUGCAGUCUGUUCCUUCCUUGGUCCCUCUCCAGCCAGCACGCCCCUGUCCUGCUAGGCUUUCUGCUGUUAUUUUAUUUUUUUGUUUUUAAUGUGUAUCGACAACAGAACAGAAUGAUCUCACCACGUUUAUAUUCCCUGUAAUAAUGCUGACUUUCAACUGAUGCCCACAGAAAUGAGUACCUCUUUUAGCCCAGUGAGCUACAGCUAUAGCUUACUGAAGUGCCCAUUUGUAGAGGCUUUAUCUGGAUGGUUUGCUACAUCAUUUGAUUUGUUUAGGUUUCCUUUUUACCAGUGUCUUUAAUUACCUGGACCCUGCUGUUGCCUGCUUGCUCCUGUCCCUCUGGCUUGUCUGCGUUUCCCUUGCAGGGUAAUGUGGGUUGUGCAGCUGCUGGGACACACGGACAAUACUUGGAUAUAUUUUUAGCGGCUGCAGAUCCCAAGAAGUUAUUUGGUGCUUUACAUAGUCGACUGAUCUUCAGUCAUGAGUGUCUUUAGAUGUUCUUGGAUGCACAGAACCAAAGGCUGCCAGCUGCUAUUGAUCAUUUAUCUAGCAUAAAGCCUAAGGUGGCAGCUUGGCAGAAGAGCAGGCAUUUCCUCUGGUGGCAGUUCAUUUUCUCCUUCAGUUGAAGCUGGUGAUGACCUUGGAGCUAGUGUGCCUGCAGAGCUUUCUUUCCACUCCCAUAUUUAUCAUCAUCUUUAAUCUGUAUGAUCACUGCACUUCAUCUCUCUGCCUCUCAGCUGCCUUCUGCCCUUCAGCACGAAAGGUGGUGGACAGAAAGGCUGAGCAAAGAAUAUGGCCUUCCCUAUUGCAUUAUCCCCAGGCUCAAGGGGACCUGACUCCUGGAGGGGUCAUCUUAAAGUUAUGAUGCUCACGAUCAAGACCUCGCCUCCCUGCUCUCUAGUGCACUUGUGGAGUUUGAAGCUUGUUGGUUGGGCUGUGAUACUUUAAUAAUUACAAAGUAGUGACACCCGUUCACCUCAGUGUGGACCGAGUUAAUGACAGAGGAAACAACCUGUUCUGUACUUGCUUGCUUCUUUUUUUUGUAGGCAUCGUGUUCUGUAAAAGGACAACAGAGCCUGAAGGAAUUAGUAUGCAGGAGCAUCCGCUUUCCAUUUAAAAUGCACUAACUGUGAUGUUUGCAACUAUGGUUUGAGGGGAAAAAAAAGCAGCCAGGGCUUGUAGAAGAGCUCACACUUUGAAUGAGGCAGGUUUUCCCUUCAGCGUGCACUACCCCAGCAAAUACAUUCGCAUACCCCAGGCACUGAUGCUGGCUCCCAGCUGAUCUGCUUCUGUGAUAAAAGCAGCCAGAAGCUGACAGAUCCUAAAGCUUGGAAAGACAUACAGGAUAAUCCAACAUAGCUGGUUUAUGUGUUUAUUUGGAAUCUGGUGCAGAUUUAACAAGCUGUCAUGCAAGAAAUGAAAACUCCAAGCAGUGGCCGGGAAGGUGGUGGGGAGGGAAGGCUCUCGGUGUGCUUGUGCUGCCGUAGACCUGGGACUUUGCUCGCUCUGUACUCCAGAAAGCAGCACAGCCGGGCUGCAGUGGCAUCAAGCUUUAGCUGAAACCCAGUUUCUCUGCAUGAUUCCUUAGCUCCAGAUCUGCUGAAGGCAUACAAGUUAGGUUUUCUUCUUUUUUUUCGGUGCAGAGUGAGCUCGUGUCUUCCUGCAGCCUACGCUGUAGGCCUGAAGAAAUGAAUGUGUAAAUAUUUUGUCUCUCACAGCAGCCCAAGGUCAUCUUUCUGGAACAGCAAACAGGCACAGAAUCCAAAGAAGAUCAGUCUGUCAUGUGAGUAAGGUUAGCAUCUGCACUUACAAAUGACAAAGGCUAUUAAUCCUUAUGCUGUAAUCCCCAAGCUGUUUGCCAGCUGGCAGCAGGAAGAUGUUCCUGCUCAACCCACACAGCUAUCCAUGUUUUUUCACCUUUAUGAAGCAGAUAUAGGUCAAUACUGACUGUAGCCUGGAUAAAGAACUUGGUAGAUACCAUUCAUCUCUUCUAGCGUUACAAUCCCUCUCUUCUCCACACAAGCCAUCUGUACAAAUGAGGGUGUAAGAGGAGAGCUGUGCGCUGGGCUCUCCCUGUGCUGCUCCCUCAAAAUAGAAGGCUGAAGGUGAGAUUUUUUUUUUCCCCUUCUGCUCCUGACUUUGUCAUGGGAGGAUGAAUUUUGAGAUCUUGCUGCAGAGCUGAACAGCCUGAGCAAAGCUCUGUCACUGGAGAGGUCUUUACACACAGUGCAGGGAAAACUCAGUGCUUGUAGAAGGCAGAUAAAAGUCCAGUGUUGAGACUUUUUUGAUCCUAAUUUGGGAACCUGCAUGGGAUUUCAGUAUUGCCCAUCACAGGGACAUAAAAACCUGAAUCCUACAAGUUGAAACCACUGUUGAAGCAGGAGGAAGUCUGCCGCUUGGCAGCGAUGCAGGUAGGCUGUGGUAGUCUGUAUGAUCUUGCAUAACAACAAACUGUAUGGUCACCAUGUUGCAUCCAGUGAGUAUUAGGCAGCUAAGGUUGGAAAAAGUUGAAGAAGAGACCCAAAAGCCACAUGGGAGCUAUGGAGCUCCAUUCGGACCUGUUAGUUGCUCAUCUCUUUAGAAAAUUGGAAAGCACAUCAUUGGGUUUUACUUAACAAAAGUGGUUUAACAGAAGUCACAGCUCCUUGGGCAGCUGCAGGUGCAAGGAAGUGAGGACAUCACCUCCUGGCUAUUGAGUUUCCUCCUGGCUGUAAUAGGUGACCACCAAAUAGAUACCAAAUACUCUGGAAGUGUCUAUCCCCUGUAACAUCAUAUCCAGCGUGGGAUGGUCUCAUUGAGUAACAAGAGAUGAAAAGCUGAUCUUGGCCAUGGGCGAAGAACGAGAAGGAUUCAGGAUUCAGACAAAAGCUAAAUUCUUUCCUGAGUCCCACAACCAUUAAUUAGCCUUGACCUCCAGGGGGGGCAUUUUAUUGUGCCAAAUACUUCCCUCUCCCUUCAUUUCUCAGACUUAGGAGAACAUUGCAAAUUUCUCUCUUCAUUAGCAGCUGGGAAAAGUCAUCUAAUUUUGCCAGCUUUCCUCAUCCCUGUUGUGUCUUGUUAACACUUUCCAGGUGCUUUUCCUUCACACCAUCUCCACCAUCGCAUCUCCCAUCCUGUCAUUAGUAUCUAUAGAGGUCUGCUCCAAGUCAGGUCCACGCCUGGUAGCAAUAUUUUAUGUUCAUGGUGCUCAGGAUAAAACCUGUCCUCCAAUCUCUUGCUGUCACUACGUGGCACCUCAAGCACAAGUUUUCCAAUUAAACAGGUACCGCAUCUCUCCCGUAGUCCUCUGCUGGCACUGCUGUGGUUUUUGUCUUGCUGGGCUUGUAUUCUCAGCUGUAACUUCAUUGACUUUUUCCCAGCAGAGGGUUUUGUUUGUCAAGAAGAGUAAAUGAAGUAAUCAUUUGGUAGACUUAGCAUUUAAAUACUGCGUGGCAUUUAUAUGUGUAUAUAUAAAAAUGUUUUUUUUGUGGUAGAGUGCCCCCAGGCAUUUGCAUGAAGCACAUCUCAGUGUAUAUUUGGCUGUUGAUUUAAAUAUACUGUAUGUAAUAAGUCAUUUUUAGUGUGUAUUGGCUUCUUUCUAUAUUGGAACGAUAUACCAUUUCUGGCAGGUAUAUGUUUUUGUCAUCUCACUGCUGCACUCACAGCUGGACAGUGGCUGAGGUGUGUGUGUGCAUCUCCUCUUUCCUCCACACGCCCUAUGACAUGGUAGUCCUUCCCCUCCACCAGCUUUGUGGGUGGACAUCCGUCGCUGCUGGGGUACGUUGCCGCAGGACAACGUUGUAAGCCUACUUACUGCAUCUCCCUCCUGGUAGGGGUUUAGUAGAAUAAUCCGCCUUUAAGGUUUUUUUUCCUUUCGUUGCUGUCGUAUCCCCAGCACAAACCAUGGGCAGGGAGCAAGCUGGUUGGUAUUCUGCGUAAUUCAGCCCUGUGGCUGAGGGUGCAUCAGGACUAAUAAAGAUCUCAGCUCUCCUUUCCCAGCCUGAGAUGCACAAGCACAAAAUUUAUCUAUAAAUCGAUCACUCUAAAUAAUAACAAUACAGACAAAUUAAUAAAAAUACCAGGUCCCUAACUUCUGUCGGUGCAAAAGCAAGUCUUCUAGAGCUUGAAUUUAUUGCUGAAUUAUUUUUAUGAUAAAUACAUCUAUAAAAGGAGAAUUGUUCAUAUUGUGAAGCUUAUAAGAAACAAAUUCCUGUACCCUUUUCACUUUUGUAAAGUUCAAAGAUUUGCACUGAAAAUUGUACCUUCGUUCUAGUUAAUAAAUGGCUGAUACUGACUGGUGAGGCCACGAGAAUGGUAUGAGCAUCAUUUCGCUUGCUGUGUGUGUGAUUGAAAGAGAUAUCUGAAGUACAAAACCAUGAUAAAAAAGAUAAAAAAUACGAUGAAAAGAUGUUUGGAUAUUCAACAGGAAGAGUGGUACGGGUUUAUUCUUAGCUUUUCAUGUACUUGACAAUGAAACAUUUUUAUUCUACUUAAGUGCUAACGUGCAUGAUCAUACAAUAUAUUGCCUCUCGCUAAUUAUAUGCUGCGUUACGAAUACUAAUGUCUAGAUGAUAUCUGACUGGGAAAAAAAGCAUUAAACCCAGCUUCUGCAGAAUUCUGGGCUGAAAUUAUCCACACACACAUACAACCAUCCACACCUUAGAAACAGUCUUAUUUUGUUAUGGUGAACGCUGUUGUUGCAGGUUUUUAUCAAUAAAAUAGAAGCAGAUGGCUCAUGUACACAUGCAAAA